AUGGCCACCGUCACUAUAGGUAGGGCCUACUUCGAUGCUCUUCUCCGAAGAGCCCAAUUUCACACUUCUGGGCAUGAGUUCGAGCUUGCUCCUGAUCUGUUCAGCAAUGUCACUAUCUCAAAGGAGGAGCAUGACUAUCUACAACAAUGCUGUCGAGACUACACUCUGCUCAAGAGCGCCCUGUUCCGUGGAGGUCUGACCAUGGACACUCUGAAUACACUGCUAGCUGGUGAAAGCGAGGCUGCCAACGACGAUACUUCACAAUACGAGUACAGCUCGGAGAAGACUUUCGUGAAACCUAGGACGGUCCCCGUCACCAUGAGAGCGCCCCACGGCAACGACAGCCCGCCAACCCCAGACGACACUGAGAUUGGCAGUGACCGUCUCGAUCUACCUCAACGUCGCCCUUUGCACCGAGCCUACAGCAACGAUCAGACUGAGUCCUGCGUGGACAACUAUUCGGAGGUAGACGAGGAGGACCACAGGCAAGAGCGUGCAUAUCGCGAACGCAUCCCAGUUCAUGACCAGCGCACCAUCCUCAUCACCAACCUUGCGGAUCGUACUACCCACAAGGAUAUCGCUGAUGUGAUUCGUGGAGGACGACUGCUCGAUAUCUUUCUCCGCAACGACCGUUCUGCUACUGUAUCUUUUGUUGAAGGUGCAGCGGACUUUUUGGCAUACGUCAAGCGCAACGACAUCUACCUACACGCUAAGCGUCUCGAGUUCCGUUGGGCCGAUCGUCAAUUCCACGUACCACAUCACAUCUCCAACAAGAUCGCAGGUGGAGCGUCAAGGAAUCUUAUCGUGAGCGGUGUGGCUGGUAGGGUCACUGAGGAGCAGAUCCGAGAUCAACUCGACCAUAUCCACAAUCUCGUUGUUGUCGAUAUUCACUUUCUCAACGGAGACGCAUACAUAUCGACCAACUCGAUCCACAACGCGCUAUUCGCCAGGACAUGUAUGAUGUCUCGCACGAUCUACAAGGGUACGCGAAUCGACUGGGCACCAGACGAGUGCGCAGCUCCGUUGCCUCAACCUAGCAUGAGAACCCGUCUGCCAGUGAUGCGUGUUCCAUCGAUUCCUCUCUCAAUGACAAACACUUAUGCGCUCCUCGACACCGGCUCCGACAUCGACUCAGACGCGCAAACUGAAUCCUACAUAUCCAAUGGCAUCCGCCUCGAUCGCAACGACUGGGCCAAGGCUGCUGUAGCUUGA